AAAACGCCCUCGGGCUAGUUUUGGGCGUUUGAGUAACAAUUUGGAGGGCUUUGUUGUGCAAACCUGGCAACCCUGCUCUGUCUACACACUCCGAGGUACUAGGUGGCAGUAUGCAUGCUUCACGGGUGUUUAUAAGCCGCCAUUACUCUAAAACAAGGCGAUUCCAUAAACAGUAAAAGAUUCCCAGUCUUCCGAUCCAUAAAACUCGCGGAGAGUCGCGUCGCUGCUCGUUCACGCGUCCGCGCGUUCCCAGCGAUUAUGUAAAUGAGGAUUAUGUAAAUGAGACUGUAGUACAGUGAUCGGCGAGACUAGAGUAUAUUCCGCUCGCGAUGACUGGAAGAUCGUGGACCCCCGAGGCGGAGGAGACUCUGAUCGAGCUCUGGCAGCAGUCUGCAUGUCUGUACGACAUCUCCUCCGCAGACUACCACAACCGAGAGGAGAAGGACAAGCGCUGGAGGGAGGUCUCCGAGGCGCUGCAGAUGCCUGUGGAGGCGGUGGCGACCAGGGUGGCGUCUCUGAGGACUCAAUAUGCCAGACUGAAGAAACCUAAAGCAAACGCGGGCGAGAAGAAGCCCCUCACGAUAAGGCAGCGCUGGCUCCUGAGGGCCCUCGACUUCCUGAAGCCGCACAUCGUUCAUCGGCGGCAUGAGAUCACUCUGGGCUUGCCGUCCUCUGAUAAAGCGGAGGACACUCUGGACGAGUCGGAUGAAAUGUCUCAGGAGACGGAUAAAGAAGUGGACAGCUUCGACUCCAUCAGUGUGUGUCUCUCCCCGAUGCCUGACACUCCAGACACCGGCAUCCCUGAGGAAACAGCCUCGUGCUCUCCGUCUCCCCGGAGCACAUCCGGCAAACGCACACGCUCCUCCGAACCCGACAUCGAGCUGCAGAAGCUGGAGGUGCUGAAGCAGAUGUCUGCUAAGGUCCUGGAGAACCCGUCUGUGGACGCCGCGGCGGUCUUCUCCAGCCAGGUGGCCCUCGAGUACCGUCUGCUCAGAGACCCCAGCGUCCAGAUGCGCGUUCGCAGACAGAUCAUGGCUCUUCUCUACGAAGCACAGGAUUCAGAGAGACUUCCCCGAGCGUCCAAGAGACACGAACAGAGAGCGCUCAAAUCUGAAGAUCAACACUAAUAUAUCGGUGAAAUGUGUUUUGUUGUUCAUCUUGUUUGUUUUAGAUGUUUUACUGAACUAUUUUUCUUGGUGGAGGCUUUGAUAUAAUCUACAUGUUAGAUAAUAAAACAAUUUGCACUUCA